AUGCUUAAAUCAAAAAUAUUAAAGAGGAUUAAAUAUUUUUAUUUUAUUUUGAGGCAAAAUAGUUACCAAAAUAAUUUGCCUGUUGGUGAUGACACGUUACCCAAUAAAAAUCUUCAUCUGAAUACCAUAUUAGGUUCGGAAAACGAAGAAGUUGAAAUGUAUCAAAAUUUAAAUGCAUAUAGAGCAUCACAGUUAUCUUCUUUAGAAAUUGUAGAUAUAUUAAAAAGUAAUAGUUCUUAUGGAAUUAGUCAAGAGGAAGCUAAACGACGUAUAAAUUAUUCAGGAUAUAAUGAAUUUGAUGUUAAAGAAAAAGAAUCAUUAACAACAAAAUAUGUAGAGCAAUUUAAAAAUCCUUUAAUAUUGCUAUUACUUGGGAGUGCAAUUGUUUCUAUUUUAAUGAAGCAAUAUGAUGAUGCAGUUAGUAUAACAAUAGCUGUUAUUAUAGUUGUUACUGUAGGAUUUAUUCAAGAAUAUAAAUCAGAAAAAACUUUAGAAAAAUUAAAUAAACUAGUUCCACCUCAGGCUCGAGUUAUUAGAGAUGGAAUGGAGAUAUGUUUUUUAGCAAGAGAAUUAGUACCAGGUGAUAUUGUAGUAUUAUCACUUGGAGAUCGUGUACCUGCUGAUGUUAGAAUAAUUGAAGCAACAGAAUUACAUAUUGAUGAAAGUAGUUUUACUGGUGAAAAUGAACCAAAAUGUAAACAUAUUUUUCCUAUAGAUAUUAAUAUGAGUCAAAGUAUUAGUCAUCUUGAAAAUAUUGGAUUUAUGGGAACAUUAGUUAAACAAGGUCAUGGAAAAGGUAUUGUUAUAGCAACAGGAUCAAAUUCACAAUUUGGAGAAGUUUUUAAAAUGAUGCAAAAUGAAGAAUCUCCAAAAACACCACUUCAAAAUUCAAUGGAUAAUUUAGGAAAAACUUUAUCAUUUUAUUCUUUUGCAUUUAUUGGGGUUAUUUUUUUAAUUGGUUUAAUACAGGGAAGAGACGCUUUAGAUAUGUUUCAAAUAGGAGUAUCACUUUGUGUUUCCUCAAUACCAGAGGGACUUCCAAUAGUUGUAGCAGUUACUUUAGCUAUUGGUGUUAUUAGAAUGGCAAAUCGUAAUGCUAUUAUUAAAAAAUUAUCAGCAGUUGAAAGUUUGGGAUGUGUAACAGUAAUUUGUUCUGACAAAACAGGAACAUUAACUAAAAAUGAAAUGACAGCAACAAUAAUUUUUAGUGCUGAUGGUAUUCGAGCUGAUGUUAGUGGUGUUGGAUUUGAUUGGAAAAAUGGUGAUGUUCGUAUUGGUAUGGAAAAAGUUUGGGAAUUUUCACAUCCAAGUAUUAGUAAAGUAAUUGAAAUUGGAACUGUUUGUAAUAAUGCUACUAUUGUUAAAGAUCAAAUACUAGGCCAACCAACUGAGGGUGCCUUAAUUGUUUUAUCAAUUAAAAGUCAUUUAGAUGGAACAAAAGAUAAUUAUGUGAAACCUUUAAAUGGUGGUGAUGAAAUUAUAAUGAUGAAGGGAGCUGUUGAGGAAGUAUUAGAAAGAUGUAAUACAUUUUUACAAAAUGGAUUAACACCAAUUGGAUUGUCAGAUGGUAAAAUUAAUGAAAUACUUUCUCUUGGUAAAGGAUUAGGAAGUAGUGGAUUGCGUGUCAUUGGUAUGGCUUAUGGAAGUCAUUUGGGUAAUUUGUGUUUUGUUGGUAUGGUUGGUAUUUUAGAUCCACCCAGAGAAGGAGUUAAUGAGGCUAUUAGUGUUGUUCAAGAUAGUGGUGUUGCUGUAAAAAUGGUUACAGGUGAUGCUUAUGAGAUAGCAUGUAAUAUUGGUGGAAGAUUAGGUAUAUAUAAAAAUGGUGAUGGGGUUAUGUCUGGUCCACAAAUUGACACACUAUCUGAUACAGAAUUAGAAAGUUGUAUAAAAAGUAUAUCAAUAUUUUAUAGGACAUGUCCUAAACAUAAAUUAAGAAUAGUUAAAGCACUUCAGGCACUUGGUGAAAUUGUUGCUAUGACUGGAGAUGGUGUAAAUGAUGCUGUAGCAUUAAAAAAAAGUGACAUAGGUAUUUCAAUGGGUAAAAGUGGUACUGAUGUUUGUAAAGAGGCAUCUGAUAUGGUACUUUUAGAUGAUAAUUUUUUAACAAUUCGUGGUGCUAUUGAAGAAGGAAAAGGUGUUUAUCAUAAUAUAACAAAUUUUGUAAAAUUUCAACUUAGUACGAGUGUAGCAGCAUUAUCACUUAUAGCAAUAUCUACAUUAUUUCAUUUAGAAAAUCCUCUUAAUCCAUUACAAAUUCUUCUUAUAAAUAUUAUAAUGGAUGGUCCACCAGCAUUAUCAUUAGGUGUUGAACCAGUAGAUAGUGAUAUAAUUAAACAAAAACCUCGUAAUGUAAAAGAACCUUUACUUAAUAAAGAACUUAUGAUAAAUAUUUUAUUAUCAGCAUCAGUUAUUGUAAUUGGUACUAUGGGAGUUUUUUAUAUAGAAAUGGCAGCAGAUAAUAUUGUUACAGCAAGAGAUACUACUAUGACAUUUACUUGUUUUGUCUUUUUUGACAUGUGGAAUGCAUUAAGUUGUAGAUCCAGUAGAAAAAUGAUUUGGGAAAUAAAAUUAUGUCAAAAUUUAUCUUUUACAUUAGCUGUUUGUGGUAGUAUAACUUUUAUUUUGGCUAUUGUUUAUGUUCCUCUUUUACAAAAAAUAUUUUUAACAGAAGCAUUAAAUAUAACAGAUCUUAUAUUUUUGGCAAUAAUGACAUCAAGUGUAUUCAUUGUUAAUGAAAUUAAAAAAUAUUUUGAUAUAAAAAAAAGAAAAUGUGGUGGAUAUAAUUAUAUAGUUUCUGAUAAUAAAAUUUGUUAG